AUGGUUUCAAUUGGCUUAAAUGUAACAAGUGUGUUUGUUUCACUCGUAUUCUUUACAAUAUAUACUAGUUUUUUCCUACACAUUUCAUGUGUAUCUACAUCGUUAAAUCAAAAGUCCAAGGAACAGAGCAAGCAGUCUUCUAAAUUUAUGCCGUACACCCAGCCUUACUACAAUCAGGCCUUCUUCAAUCAGCAAUACCCUUAUUCCACGCCCGAUUAUUACACAAAUUUCGAUUCAAAAAAUAUGACCAUUGAAGUUCUUCCGAACGAUGACGAGGAUGAGGAUGAUGGAUUCUUGAAAUUUGGACUUUUGCGUGAUGCCUACGGCUACGGAGACUCCAUUCAGGUACUUUACGAGACCUCUCAUCGUAUUGAAAGUCCUUUCAUUCUUGGUGGUACUGCCCACUCUAUUCAUAGUAGUUUAAAACCUCGUCCUGGCAAGAUGGAGCUUAACUCGACUCUAUACAACUGCAACUACACUACCAACAUAUAUACUAAGUCUAAGAAGUGGAAUACUGGGUUUCUCAGGGCUAAGUCUAAUCACGGCUCAGUCACGUUAACUUUAUACGAGGCUGAUGAGAAUACGAAUUCUUGUGGAAAGGUCAUUGAUCGAUUCGACGUUUUCAAUGCGAAGACCACCGCUCUAUCAGGGCGGGAGUUUAUAACUGGCCGUAACCUCAUUGACGUUCAAGACUUUGUCGGUCAGAAGUACAGUAAGCCUGCUGGAGAGGCUCAUGUUUCUAAACCUAAAAUACGAGCCGGCUUGCAGAGGCCCUAUAAGUCAAAUGUGACUCCUUACAAGAGGCCGCAGAAGUGUUCUGAUGUGGCUAUUAAGCCUAGCCCACUGCCUUCAUUCAAUCCUACUUUCGAACCUAAACCGAACAAUGUUUUCAGGCCUGAGCAUGAUCUGCCCACUUCAAACGUAAACGUCAGUGAAAUUAUAAAGAACAUAGAAUUAAUGCUAGACGAAAAUUAA